CGAUUCGAAUCGACUUCACGUCUCGCGUUGAUGCCGUUCGUACAAAUUACUGUGCUUAGCUGUGUACGUACUAGAUAGGAGGAAGUAUGUGAAAAUCAGAUCAGAAUAAUUGUUGCGAUUAACAGUCGGAACGCGUUUAAUUACGUUUCGAUUACUUCCAACGUGUAUCAAACAACUUCCAAUUGAAGAAUCGCAAUUUCAGAGACAGUCACACACUGUCCUGUCUUCUGUUACAAGCAUAUUCGAUGAAUCAACGAGUUCUUAACGAUACAAUAACUGUAUACUGUAUAGCACGAUGGAACGAUGAUAAGUUGUAACGACGAAUGUAGCCAACGUAAAAGUUUUAUUUGUUUCUCGAAUGCCUGAUUUCUGAUUGGCAUUGGAUUAUUUUUCUAAAUUUAAUUCGUGUUCGCCCAUGUUUACCGAGCUUUCGAAACCAGUCCGUUUGUUGUCGGUCGUAUCGCGAAAGCCAUCGCCGUGUACCAAGUACGGAUUUUCGCGAUGAUUUCGCGUAAUAUAGUUUUUCUAAUUUCUACGCGAUAUCGACGUGAAAUGUGGAGACGCGACUCUUUCGAACUUAGUUUGUGCGUCGUAAUUCGGUAUCAUCGGGAUCACUGGGAAUAUCUGAUCGUCGUCGCCGCCGCCGCCGUCGAUUGCUGUGAAGAUACUUGUAACUAUUAUCAGUACUAGUAGUAGUGUAUGACCUUUCAGUUGCGCGAGAAAAAAUUGACACGAUUUACUGAGAACUAGAACAAAAACUAGUAGAUAAGCGUACUGCUACUGAUUUUUGGAAGAGGAUGGAAGUAAAAGUGUAACGUCGUCCUUGGCGGCACACGUGUACGUGCCUAUUUCACGUCGAUAAUAGGUCGAUUUCAAAAUUUCCGAAACCUCGAACAAUGAAUAAGCUUGCUACUUUAUCCUAUCCAUCGCCGGCUCAUUUGCCGAUCAUUCGCGAUCAAGAGGAUUAAUAUCGUAACAUUCGAGAGUGCACGUGUGCACGCGAUCAUAUCUAUACUAUCUCAUCCUCAUUGUUAGUAUUAAAAUGAUUGAUGUCAUUGUGGGAUACGGUUAACGGUACGGAGCAUUAAUAAAAAAGAACGUACGUACGUGAGGGAAGAAACUAUGAAAACCGUUUCUUCUUUACGUUUGUCUUUGUUGAAAGAUGACAAUAUCGCUAUCCGAUAGAUUUCCUACAGUGAGCGAUUUAUCUGUCACGACGGAUUCGUUAACACCCGUUAUUACAUAAGGUUCGCUCGAGCUCUUCUGUGAGCGAACAACGAUACGAUACGAUAUCGUACGUACGUACAUUUAUAGUAAUAAUAUUUAAUGUAAGAAGAUCAGCGAAAAUUUGUAGUAGAAGUAAAAUUUUUAUCUGUAACGAUUCAUCGCGUUAGAAUCGGGUAAUAUUUUUUGUCGAAACAAGUUUUAUGAUCAACGACAGAAUGAUCGUUCGAGUAAUGCCUGUUCGUCCCAUAUUUCCAGUCCCUCUCUAGUACAGGAAACAGGGAUUUGAGCAAAUGCUCAAGGCGAUCUUAAAUAUAAGUAACGACUCUGAAUACCGAACAUUAAGUAUAUUGCAAUCGUUUCCAGAGAAAAGAACGAAGCCGGAGCCAGAGAAGUCGAGGUCGAAAGAGUCGUUUGAGAGGGUACCGUUCGUCACUGCGGCGCUAACCCAUUUAGGAUUUUACAUCCUUAUGUUUCUGGGUUUCAUAAAUCAGUUGCUCUUCGCACCGAAAGUCGCACAAGAGUACAAUAGAGAGGGUUAUGCACCGCUUUACGAAAAUUUCGAAGGAUUUUACCUUCGGUACGUGUACAGAAGAGUGAGGGAUUGUUGGAACAGGCCGAUAUGUUCUGUUCCAGGUGCCACGGUUACGCUCAAGGACAGGAUAACGAAAGAUUACGGAUGGACGUUUCAAUUCACGGGGACGAGCACGGAAUGUAUCAAUUUGGGGUCGUACAAUUACUUGGGAUUCGCCGAGUCGGAUGGUAAAUGUGCCGAUGAAAGCAUCGAAACGUUAAAAAAAUUUGGUUGUGCCAAUUGUACCAGUCGCCUCGAGCUGGGUAACAUGCCGAUUCACGAAGAAUUGGAACGAUUGACCGCCAGAUUUCUAGGUGUCGAAGAUGCCAUUGUCUUCGGUAUGGGUUUCGCGACGAACGCCCUUAAUUUACCUUCGUUAUUGUAUAAGGGAUGUUUGGUGCUGAGCGAUGAGAAAAAUCAUGCUUCGUUGAUACUUGGAUUAAGGCUCUCCGGUGCUACCGUUAGGGUAUUCGAGCACAAUAGUAUGAAACAUUUAGAGAGAGGCUUGAAAACGGCAAUAGUGUUCGGGCAACCCGGAUCCGGGGAACCUUGGAAGAAGAUAGUUAUCGUCGUAGAAGGUGUUUACUCUAUGGAAGGCUCCAUUGUACAUUUGCCCGAAAUCUUGGAGCUUAAAAAAAAGUACAAAGCAUAUGUUUAUUUAGACGAGGCUCACAGUACUGGUGCACUGGGAAAGCGUGGAAGAGGUGUUUGCGAUUAUUAUGGAAUUGAUCCGCGAGAGGUGGACAUACUUAUGGGGACCUUUACAAAAAGUUUUGGAUCCGCUGGUGGAUACAUUGCUGGAACGCAGACAUUAAUAAAUCAUUUAAGGAUACACAGCCACGCGCACGCUUACGCGGCAGCGAUGUCUCCACCGGUGGCGCAGCAAAUCAUAACUUCGAUGAAAAUAAUCGCUGGGGAAGAUGGCACGGACGAGGGUAAGAAGAGGACGAAACAAUUAGCCAGGAACACCAGAUACUUUCGACGUAGACUGAAUCAGAUCGGAUUGAUCAUUUACGGUAACGAGGAUUCGCCAGUCGUGCCCAUGUUGGUUUAUCUGUUUUCAAAGAUCGGCGCGGUCGUACGAACUUUAACGACGCAUAACGUAGCAGCGGUCGGUGUUGGAUUUCCGGCAACUCCACUGAUGGAGGGCAGAAUACGUUUUUGUCUGUCUGCCGCACACACCAAGCAGCAGUUGGAUUACGUAUUGUCACGCAUCGAAAGCCUUGCAGACUCGUUGGGUCUAAGGUAUUCCCGUAAAUUUCGCGAUCCGCUAGAGAUAGAAUAUUUCUCUUCGGACGGAGAGAGCGACGAAUGACCUGUUGCUGUUGCUGCUGCUGCUGCUGCUCUACCUAGAAAAUGGACUCUCUAGGACGUUUACUUCGUGCUCCGAAGAAGCACCUUCUAGUACUUCUACGGAGAAACGACACACUGCCUUGGAAGAACUCUACACGCAUUCUUUUAUAUGCUUUUCACAAUCGAUACACACACGCAUCCUUCUAUUCGGUCGAACUUAUCGCGUCGCAAUAUUCGCCGCCGCUGCCGUCACCGCCGCCGCGCAAGUGACACGAAGAGGAUUUUUCUGGAUCCUUGAAUAUCGCGAGUAAACAACUCUAUUCAUCGUUAUUUAAUACCAGAGUGAAAAUUAAUAACUUAUUAUUUUUUCGAAACUGACACUGCUCAUCGUUUCUUCUUCCUUUUUCUUUCUCUCUUUCUUUAUAAUCUUUGAUACAUACGUGCUAUUCGCGCGCACUCGUUACGAUUCCGUUUCAUGGUAGAUUUUGUUUUUCACGACAUGAAUGAAAAAGUGUCGACGCAUGUUUUGAGAAUGAAUUUAUCCACGUGUCGUUAAUCGUACGCGCCUAGAUACCUACGCAUCGUACUUGUUGUGCAACGAAUUAUGAAAUAUCAAUGGAGAAGUUGAGAGUGCGUCAGAGUUCGGUUGCCCGCGAUGCACACCAGGCUCGUAGAGGCAUAUGCACAUAUCGCGAUGGCCAGAUGAUAUGCCAACAGAUUCACGACGACGACCAUCACCUCCACGUAGUUUUAACGAGUAAAAUUGACUAAGAAUAGUUAUUGCCCCCCCCGUACGCACGAGUCGUCGGUAGACAAGCUGCGCGCGAGUUCGAUAUUUUUCUAAGGACGACGAAAGAAAAACGGUCCAACCAACAUUCUUUUGUUUCCGACUUUAAUUCAAAAACUUAUCCUGUUGCGCUCAUUUUCCUAAAAAUGGCAUCAGCGUACUAUUAUUACCAGAUGCAUUUAGUUUUACUCACGUUAUGACGUAUACGUACUUGUUGUAGGAUUACUUUUCGUCGUACAAUAAGUAAAUUAGGAACCACAUUGAAACGGAGUGCACAAACUUUUUUGACAGACUAUAUUUUCUUUGAUCGUAGCGGAAUUGCUACGUUAAACGAAUAGUUUAAAUGUUGGGAAGAAGCGCCGUGCGCGUAUUUUUAUUUCAUUAUAUUGUUAUUACAAAAAAUUGUUAUUUCGAUGUAUAUUUUCAACGACGUAUCACGCAUUCACUAAUUGAAAAAGAAUUAUAUGACACAUGCGCGAAAUAAAAGAAUAUUUUAUGGUAAA